UUUUUUGUAUUUGUGUAAAAUUUGCCUAAUUGCUCUGUGUGCUGCCGCGUCUUUGUCGCCGAGAUUCUUCUUUCUCCUUCUUCUUCAACCUUUGAAAAACCCUAAAAAGAUAAGCGUCAACUGCGGAGGCACCGUAUUAUCUACCUUGACAAUUCCGCCGGACGAAUCUAGAAUCCAGUAAUGGCGGCUCCGGCUGCCGCGACAGCGAGGGCACAGGCGCUAUCUCUCCUCGCCGCUGCCAAUAACCACGGCGAUUUGGCUGUGAAGCUCUCGUCUCUCAGGCAGGUUAAGGAGAUUUUGCUGUCAUUGGAGCCGUCUUCGUCUGCUGAGAUUUUCCCCUAUCUCGCAGAACUCCACUUGUCUCGUGAAAUUCUAGUCCGCAAAUCCCUUAUCGAGAUCAUUGAAGAGGUUGGUUUGAGGAUGCUGGAUCAUUCUUAUGUUCUAGUGAAUGUCUUACUAGUCUUAUCAAGGGACGAGGAUCCAGUUGUUGCAAAGAAAUCCAUUUCUGCUGGCACCACUUUCUUCUGCAGCAUCUUGGAGGAGAUGACAAUGCAGUUCCAUCAUCAUGGUAACGUUGAUCGUUGGUGUGGGGAACUAUGGACAUGGAUGGUUAAGUUCAAAGAUGCUGUCUUUUCCGCUGCAUUGGAGCCUGGCUGUGUAGGGGUGAAAAUUCUUGCUCUAAAAUUUAUGGAGACAUUCAUUUUGCUCUUUACUCCUGAUGCAUCUGGUCCUGAGAAAGUUUCCAGCGAAGGUAUUAUGUUCUGA